CUUAUAUUGCGUACAGACCAUCCAAACUUACGCUCUGGUAAACCAAUUUGUUGCGGUCGUACCUGCAGGUGCUUCAGAACAUUCUGCUCAUCAUCUGGGUUCUCCAGCGAUCCGAUGUUUACCCGUUACGGUCUCGUGACGUGGCGUUUCUUUUGUUUUGAGCCGACUCAUAGCCGGUUUAGCUGUCAGAUGCGGAAGAUGAAGCCAAAAGUCUCUUCGCGACAACCGAUCUACCACCUCCAUCACCACCACCUCCUCCUCCUCCUUCUCAUCCUCCAACAUGGCAAAGGUAGUUCCUGGCCAGCCGUAUGACAGAAGCGCCCUCAUUCUGUUUGGUUCUGAGACAGGAAACAGCGAAGAGGUGGCACAAUGCCUGGGUGAUGUAGUUGAGAGGCUUCGUUUCGCAAGCAAGGUCUGCGAAAUGGAUGCCGUUGAACUUGUAUGUCUGUUAUAUCUCCGCGUUUCGUUUUGUCUCCUUAUCGUUUCUGUCUUCUUUUUCAAAUUUCCAUUCCCAUUUCUUUCUCGAAUCCAUGCUCCGAUUCUGCAAGUACGAGUACAGGCGCUGACAGCAGCCACAGAAUGCCCUGCAUAAAGCCACGGUCAUCAUUUUUGUCAUCUCAACAACGGGUCUGGGUGACAUACCGAGAAAUGCCAGGAAGUUCUGGAGAAACCUCCUCAGAAAACGUUUGCCCCCAAAUUGCUUGAGUCGUGUGUCCUUCACGACCUUUGGACUUGGCGAUAGUUCUUAUGUUCAGUAUGCUUAUCCCCCCUCUCUCUCUGCUGCGUGUUUUGCAAAGCAGUGCGGUGCGUAGAACUCGUUUUCUGACUUGGGUGAAGGUUCAAUUGGGCCGCUCGCAAGCUGCAUAAGCGGUUGGAACAGCUAGCAGCAAAGGAGAUAUACCCGCGCGGCGAGGCAGAUGAACAACAUCAUGAGGGGUGAGUACCUAUGUCAAUCAGUACCAGCACUCACUAUUAUGGAAACCUCUUGGACCACAAGACUGGUUCUUGUGGUGGUUCUAUAAGGGAUAUCAGAUAGCGCUGACUGACCUGCAACAGAAUUGAUGGGACGUAUCUGUCGUGGUCGGCAGAUUUUGGGAAGCGUCUUCUCUCCCUGUAUCCUCUACCCGAUGGAGUAGAGCCUAUUCCACCACACGUCCUUCUUCCCCCAAAGUAUAUUCUUCAAUUGGUGGAGGAAGAGAACUUGAAGGAUUCUUCUGAGUAUCUAGAACCAGAAAUAAAAGACUCGGAUCCGGAGUCAGGGUCGUUGCUUGGUACAGAUGCGGCUGAGGGUGCGGCUAUCCAAAAGACAAUCGCUCUCGCUUCGGCUUCGGGCAAAACAACACUGUCAAAGUCCCUGCAGUCACCUACAACCCCACCGCGAUCGCAACCACAAUCAAGCGUGCUUGCUACGAUGACGUCUCCAGUCUCAAUCUCAAUCUCUGUUCCAACCUUAGAUCACCCCUUGAGCUCCAUAUCAACAACUCUGAACUCGACUCCGGCAUCCUCAAAUCUUACACCAAUUUCGCCAACAUCAUUGCAGUCUUCGCUUGCAGAGCCUCUGCGCACCGGAUUGAAGGAGUCUGUAGCUUCAGUGUGGUCGAAUCCAGUCGCUGGUUUAUCAACUUCGACACCAGCCUUACACCAACCUUCAACUAUCGUCAAAGGCAAGAUCACCAACUCUGUCAACUUGGACGCCAAUCUACUGGAUCGCGAUCCACCAGUCAAUCAAAAAGUGCAAUUGCCAGGCGCGCAAGGGCCCAGGGUCGAGUUAUUGCAUACCGAGCGUAUGACGGCUGACAACCAUUGGCAAGACGUUCGUCAACUUACCUUCAGACUGCCUGCCAAUGCAGGCCGUCCAAUGCCUGGUGACAUCUUGAGAGUCCACCCCAACAAUACACCUGAUGCGGUCGCAGAAUUGAUUUGUUUGAACGACUGGGAAGCCAUGGCCGAAACCAAGACCGUAUUCAAAGCAGCCGGCUCUUCGUUCCCCGAUAACAUGUUGCUAAGCCCGAUCAGGGGACUUCACCCCGUCAAUCAAACUACCCUGAGAGAGCUCCUUACCCAUAACCUCGACAUUACCGCUAUCCCAACACGCCGUUUCUUUGGGAAGAUUUCUGAAUGGACCAAUGAUCCGCUCCACAAAACCCGAUUACUUGACUUCGCCAACCCUGCCAGAACCGAAGAAUACCUUGAUUACGCCGUACGCUCCCGACGAAGCAUUUUGGAGGUUCUUGGAGACUUUCCUAGCGUCAAGAUACCCUGGACAUAUGCUGCCGACGCGUUUCCUUUCAUGCAAGGCCGCCAAUAUAGUAUUUGUAGUGGAGGAGACCUUACGAAUGAUACACAAGACCCUGGCUUUUAUCACGUUCAAAUCCUUGUUGCCAUCGUCAAAUACCAAACUGUACUACAGAAGAUCCGGCGGGGCCUUUGCACUCAAUACAUCGAAUCUCUCGAGGUUGGUGAACUCGCCGGCGUCUCAUUUGAGCGUGGAACAGCUGGUAUUGGCUCGGAUCCCAGAAGACCUGCCAUCUUAAUCGGUGCAGGCACAGGCAUCGCUCCCCUACGUUCGUUAAUCUUGGAGCGAGCCUGUACUCGGCUCGAAAACGAGGCCGAUCGAGCCAAGACUGUGUUGUUCUUCGGAGGCCGGAACCAAGGGGCCGACUACUUCUACCAGGAGGAAUGGAAGGCCAACCGAGCCCUCCUCACCGUCUUCCCAGCUUUCUCUCGCGACCAGCGGGAGAAGUACUACGUCCAGGAUGCCCUCCGGGCCGAGGGAAAGCUGGUCUGGGAGAUGGUGGAGGGGGGUGCUUCGGUUUGGCUCUGCGGGAGCUCGGGGGGGAUGCCGCGGAGGGUUCGGGCGGCACUUUUGGGGAUUCUGGGCUUCCAUGGGAGAAUGUCGCGGGAGGAGGCGGAGAAACUCCUCGCGGAGAUGGUGAAGAACCGUCUCUUUACACAGGAAACUUGGUAGAUGGUGGGUUUAGCGAGGGGGUUUUACGGGUGUUUAUGGGGGGGGUUCGCUUGGAGUUUAGGGAGGUAGAUAAUAAGAAUGAGAGGGCCUCGCGGCGUGAAAUACU